AUGACCCCCAGCCCACCACUGCCAUCCAAAUCCCGCUCGCGAUCACGCACACCACCAAAUCCAAAUGCGACCGGAUUCGGGCCCCUAAGAUCACGGCGAGGCUGCAAAACCUGCAAAACGCGCCGCGUAAAAUGCGGAGAGGAAAAACCAACCUGUCUCCGCUGCAGCAGCACCGGCCGGAAAUGCGAGUAUGAGGGGGCGAGAUUCGGCACGUACUCCUCGGCUCCUGCGUCUACCGUCGUCUCACUCCUGGAAUUCGACAAGCCGCGCUCGCCGUCAUCGUCGCCGCCGGGUUCGAGCUCAUCGAAUUCCGUCUGGCGCGAGCGCCGCGCGUUCGCGUACUACUUCCAGCACGCCGCGUCGUUCGUCGGCGGACUCGAUGCGGACUUUUGGAGUACUGUCGUCCCACAGGUUUGUCGGAUUGAGCCCGCGGUUUGGGACGCGAUUAUUGCGCUGAGCGCCAUGUUUGAGAAUCGCGAGGAGGAUUCGCACUCACACAGUUCUCCUAGUAGCAGUAGCAGUGCGAGUUUAACCGAGAACCGCCGUGAUGCACUGGCGUGGUACUCGCGCUCCGUCAGCGCCGUUCGGCUGCGCAUCGAGCGUGGGUUCGGCGAUGUCUUCAUUGGACUUAUUAGUUGUGUCCUGUUCAUUUGCAUCGAGGCUCUUCAAGGAAGUACGGAGGAAGCGAUUCGGCUUUAUGCGCAGGGUGUCCAGCUUAUUGCUGCGCUGCGCGCGCAGAUUGCUGCUGGUGCUAUACCGGCGAGUAAGGCUUCCCUGCUGGAGGAUACGAUUGUGCCGAUUUUUGUUCGGUUGGCGAUUAUGGCGCUCACAGUCUCCGGCGUUUCGGUCGAGAAUCUCAUGUCGGAGACUGCGCAGCUUUUGACGGGCUUCGCGUCUCUGAAAGCUGCCCGGGAGGCUCUCGUCCUUCUGACCAUUGAGAUCCAGCAGUUCCAAGGAGUCUGCGAGGAGCAUCACGCAAAGGUCAACUACACCGGCGACAUCCCGCCCGAAUUCUUCACGCACCAGACGGCGCUCUUCAACCGGUUGCGUAACUGGUACACAGCAUUCACAGCCCUGACCAACACCCUCCGCCUGCAGAUGAAAAACGAAACAAUCCCACCGAAAGAAACAAGCACAAUCGCGCUGCUGUCCGCAUACCACGAAAUGGCCCACACAAUCACCGCAAUCUGCAUCUCGCCCCGGAAAACAUUAACAGAUCGCUAUUUACAGAACUUCCAAAAUAUAGUCGACCACUCGCGCAUCGCUCUCGACGCCUCGGCCCGCUCAGACGGGUCUCAGCCACCAUUUACAUUCGACAUUGGCGUCGGGUUUCCCAUUUGGUUUACGUGUCUCCGGUGCGCGGACCCCGGGAUUCGCCGACAGGCACUUGCGCUGCUACGGCGCGCGCCGCAGGUCGAGGGAUUUUAUGGUAAUGGGACGAUCACUGUUUCCGCUGAGGCGAUUAUGGUCAUUGAAGAGUCGCUCGCGGUGGCUAUAAACGCGGUUCGGGAGAGGAACCCCGGCGGGAAUGCGGAUACGUCCCAUAUCUCCAUCUUCGAUGUAAACGGCUUCUCGGUUACGCGGGAGGGCCAAAACACUGCACUUCCAGUCCGUGUUCCUACCACGCUUGCUGUGGCGGAUAUCCCCGACGAGGCGCGCAUCAAGCCGCUUGUUCCGUUCCGUCCGCGCGACGGGAUUCCGCCGGGGCUUACGAAUGAGCAUGUGGAGAGAUGGGGAAGAGCGGGUGAUUGUUGGUUUCUGCUCUUUUCGAGAUUGGAUCGGGAUCGGGAUUCCGCGGAGCGGGGUGGGAAUGGGUCGUGGAGGGAGGUUUUUGAUUGUAUACCCGCUGAGAUGUAUCCGUAG